GAUGUCCUAGCCAAAGUUUAGGACGAAGUUAAGCAAAACUUUUUGGCUUUGGGAAGACCGUGAUUUGCAAUGCGCCGUGCAGUGAUUUGUUCUUGUUGGGAUAAAUAUAAAAAAGUAUUGGAAAUAGGACACUGAAAAUAGUUCGCAGAAAAUAGUUUACAGUAGGGAAAUCGUGCGUUUGACUUGUUACUGUAUUUAGCGUGAAACGACUAACUUUUCCAGACGCGAAAGAGAAACACAAACUACACUGUAGGCUGCUGGAUCCGUACCUUGAGCUAACUCGGUUGUUCGGGCGUUUUUCCGUAACAGUAGUAGGUUAUUUGCUAUAUGUUCGGCGCUAAAAGUUUAGAAAAAUAAAAACGAAAAACAAACAAAUCACAGCGGAGGAAUUUCGGACGUCUUGGAGCUACUUCGAAAUGUUUAUAUGAUUGCAAUCAAUACUCCUGGAUUUGGGCUUUCCAAAAGUUUGGAUUGAUUUUUCCCCUUUAUUUGUCGAAAACCAAACUGAGUUUUUCCCCCAAUUCGGAGCCAUGGAUCCGAGCCAGCAUAACCCCCCGGCCGGGCACCAAAUCGUUCAUGUCCGAGGUGACUCUGAGACCGACUUGGAAGCUCUUUUUAAUGCUGUAAUGAACCCUAAAAAUGCAAUCAUACCACCUUCGGUACCCAUGAGGAUGAGAAAACUGCCCGAUUCCUUUUUCAAACCGCCUGAACCAAAGUCCCACUCCAGACAAGCGAGCACAGACGCGGGCACCGCCGGCGCCCUCGCCCCCCAGCACGUGCGGGCACACUCCUCGCCCGCCUCGCUCCAGCUGACCGCCGUGGGCUCGCCCGGGUCCCUGCCCGGCCUCAGCCCGGCGGGCGCGCCCCCCCAGCACCUGCGCCAGUCCUCCUACGAGAUCCCCGACGACGUGCCCCUCCCACCGGGGUGGGAGAUGGCCAAGACCCCGUCUGGACAGAGAUACUUCCUCAACCACCUGGACCAGACCACCACCUGGCAGGAUCCCCGCAAGGCCGUGCUGCAGAUGAGCCAGGCCUCCCCAGCCAGCCCUGCGAACGUGCAGCAGCAGCAGAACAUAAUGAGCCCGGCCUCGGGUCCUCUUCCCGAAUGCUGGGAGCAGGCCAUCACUCCAGAAGGAGAGAUCUACUACAUCAACCACAAGAACAAGACCACCUCGUGGCUAGACCCCCGGCUGGACCCGCGCUACGCUCAGCAGAGGGUCAGCCAGAGCGUCCCGUUGAAGCCGCCCCCUGCCAUGUCCUCCAGCCCCCAGGGAGGGGUCAUGGGGGGCAACAACCAGAUGAGGCUCCAGCAGCUGCAGAUGGAGAAGGAGAGACUGAGGCUGAAGCACCAGGAUCUCCUGAGACAGAGACCCCAAGAACUGGCUCUGAGGAACCAAUUGCCCACCAGUAUGGAGCAGGACGGGGGCACCCCGAACCCCGUCUCCUCCCCAGGCAUGACCCAGGACGUCCGGACCAUGACCACCAACAGCUCCGACCCCUUCCUGAACAGUGGGACCUACCACUCCAGGGAUGAGAGCACGGACAGUGGUCUGAGCAUGAGCAGCUACAGUGUGCCUCGCACUCCGGACGACUUCCUCAACAGCGUGGACGAAAUGGACACAGGGGACUCCCUGGGUCCGGUCUCCAUGGCGACGCAGCCCCCCCGUUUCCCGGACUACCUGGACACCAUCCCCGGGACGAACGUGGACCUGGGCACGCUGGAGAGCGAGAGCAUGGCGGUGGAGGGGGAGGAGCUGAUGCCCAGCCUGCAGGAGGCGCUCAGCUCCGACAUCCUGAACGACAUGGAGUCCGUGCUGGCCGCCACCAAGAUCGACAAGGAGAGCUUCCUCACGUGGUUAUAGAGGGGGAGGGCGGGCGGGUCAACCGCACCCCCCCCCCCCACAACCCCGCUCAUCGGUCCGCCGCACACUACCAACCAACUGCUGCAAGACAAGGCUAAAUCUGUGAAGGAUCUGGAGAUGCUUAAAGACAUUUCAGUCUCUCUUUCAGGAGUCUUCCCCUUUUUUUUUUUAUUGUUGUUAUUCCGCGUACAAAAAGGACAGACAUACAUGGCAGGCAGCAGGUUAUUUUUUAAUGUUUUUUUUUUUUUUUUUUUUUUUUUUUUCCUUCACGCAGUUUCUCUUACUCACGUCCUCAAGGCUGGCCCAUGAACUGACGAUUAUUCUGAGGGUUCCCCAAACCCCUCCCCCCCCUUCCCCAGAUAUCGCUGUCUAUCUCCUUUCGGCCUCUUCCUGCCGAUUGUGGUUACACCCCCCCCCCCUUCACUCCCCAGGGCAGGGCUAGGCGUGUGCACUGCGACUUCCUCACCGGUCCUCACCUCUCCUCAUCUCGGUCUCUGCAACACAACUCUUACAUGGGAAAACGUUUAUUUUUUGUUCUUCUUCUUUUGUUUUCUGCGCCGACAGCUUUGGGUUUUUCUUUCCGAGCGUUUUGUUCUUUUUUUAUUAUUAUUAUUUUUUUUGUAUUAUUCUGUUUUUUUAUGUGAGCCUGAGAAACCAAAAGAAUUAAAAUAAAACGUGUGUGGGAUUGCGAAAGGUUCUUCUCGGCACUGAUUUGGAGUGGAGGUGAGGGGGGAGCCUGGCUUCGACAGGCUGGCUGUGAUGUAGUGGUGUUGUACAGCCACAAGCGGGCGCUCCGUGAUUUCCAGUGCUGCUGCUUGGCUGGGCCAGCAAAUGUAACUUAAAACCUUGUCAAAUCAAGUGCCUUUCCAUUGUGUUUUUGUUUUUUUUUUUCAGAGAGAAGAGAAAAUAACACUACAGUACCAUUUUGCUACGUAAAUCAAUAUAUUUGCUAAGCUGUUUUUUUGAAGAUCAAGUUUAAUGGUUCUACGUACAUUCAUGUUCAAUAAUCAAAAGUAUAUUUCCAUUUUAAAAGUAGAGGUUUAUGAAAAGUGUAUUGUAAUGGGAAUCUUAGCUUCUUUAUAUUUCAGUCUUAUUUAAGCCUGAUUCAACCUUGGGUUGUUUUUUUAUUAUUAUCCUUUAAUUUGGGUUGUUAGAUUGAUGUAUAAUGGAUCAAGCAGCCUUCUUGUAGUCCUUUUUAAUUGUUGCUGAUUUUGUAGGUGAAUUUUAGGCAGAGUUUUGUUUUGUUUGGGGCCACCUUCCAGCACAUCACAACAGCAAAGACAUCAGAGUAACCAUGGCACGGGACUGUCACUAAAUUACAAAAAAAAAAAAAAAAAAACCUAAAACCCUAAAUUUUUUUCUUCAAAAAUCAGCUUUGCAGUGUUACUGUGGAAACCAUGUUUUGGUUGCCAAGGGCACACAUUAUUAUUUUUUAAAAUUUUUAUUUUUGUCUCCAGUUUUUUAAAACAUUUUUCUUAUUCAUUUAGCAGUCACUUUUGGGUAAAGCAUUUCUUACUCUGUUUUUUGCGAGGUUGUGAACUCAAUGCCUCAUGCAGUGUGAAAAGGCCAUUAUUACGUUGCAUGGCAUGUAUUUACUGGAUGCUUAUUUAGAAUGGCUCUCAAUGUGGGCUGUUGGCUAAAGAUGCUCUGUUGGCUGUAGGUGCUCCAUUACCUGUGGACGCUCUAUUAGCUGUGGACGCUCUAUUAGCUGUGGACGCUCUAUUGGCUGUGGACGCUUGUAUUGUGCUGGACGCUCUGUUGGCUGUGGACGCUUGUAUUGGCUGGACGCUCUGUUGGCUGUGCAUGGCAUGAUUUAAGAAAGGGGGGGAAAGACUAGCCUAAAAGCACUUUCCUCUGCAAUGUGAGUGAAAAUGGCGACAUGGAAGGGAUUGGCGGGCACGAGCCCUGUGUUCCCCUCCAGUCCGAUGAAGAUCUCUCUGCUGUGAUGUACUGAAAUGGCUGCUCGCUGAAGGAAGGUGGUUUAUGACACGUUUUUCCGAUGGUUAGACGAAGAGGGUGUAGAGUUUUAGCGGUUAGGUAGAGGUUUGGACGGUAAUUCUGGACGAUGAGAAUUGUAGAGGAUGUAGGGAAUUUCCAACAAAAGCAAACUCGAUUUAAAAGUUUCAGUCAGGAAUUUUCGCUGUGGCCUCCAAAGAGUGUUUUUUUUUUUUUUUUAAAUAGACUUUCCCUUAAUUUGUAUCCUUUCAUGAACAAGAGCAACGUACAUGCAGAUAUAUGUAAAAUAUCUUUGCACCAACAGGCAGGUGAUAUUAGGAUCUUUGUGUUUUGAUAGAGAAAACAGAACAGAUGUUAAUUGUCUUGACAAGCUGGCUACUUCUAAGUUUUUUUUUAUUUUUAAUUUUAUUUUGUUUUUAUUUUAUUUUAUUUUUGGAUUCUGGAUUUGAAAUGGUAAAUGAGCUAUCCCCAGUCAUUUUAAUUAUUUGUUUUCACGUUUACAUUCUAGGUCUAGGGUGAUGCUACAGUGACCAUUGUCUGACUCCGAUCAAAAACUAUCUCUGUUUUAAAAAUCAAACGUUUACAUGGUUUCAUGUUUAAAAUCUCAUAGAAAUGCUGAAAAAUAGACAGAUUAUCCCUUUUGUCCUUCAAAAAUGAUUUACGUCACUGUGAUGCUAAAUGUGAUUUUUUCCAUGUAAGAUGAACAAGAGCAAAUGUACUUUAAACCACCCAUGAAAGCUGUAGGAUUUAUUUCUUUUAGACCUUAGUUAUGACGUUAGUGUCGAAAAUUGAAAACUGACAUCCAGUGUUACCAUGGGAACCUGAGUGUUCUACAUUCUGAGGUUGCAUUCAGAACCAUUUUAUUUGACAUGAGGCUCAGUAUUUGUGGUGGGGGGGGGGGAAGGGGGGAGGGGGGGGGGGGAUGCAACUAAAAUGAAAUCUUUUAGUAAUUGGUGGUACCAUUUAGUACUGUCUUUGCACAUGUCUACAGAACUUUGACUAAAUGGUGUUUGUCACUUGUGUGAUUUUCUGCAUAGUAGUAAGUACUUGUCAGACUAUAUAUAGUAAGUAAGUGUUGACUGUCUGUAUGUAGAGGUAGGGCUAAUAACACAUUUUAAAGGUUUGGUAUUUAGAUGUGUCUAAAUGCACUCAAAAUGAAUUUAUAUUCAGUGAUGAUUUUGUUUGAUGGAAAGUAUGUGCAUGCAUGCUAGACCCAUGAAUUCUGUUACAUUGUAUCUCUUUAUAUAAUACUUUUAAAAUGGGCCCUAAAUAAACUCUAUACUUUGUGGUAAC